GUCUCUCUGUUCUUCCUCCUCCUUCUCCAUGGAGGCUGUCAUGCAGCCAUGGUCACUAGCAGCCCAACAGAGUUCUCUCUGCCUUCACCAGAAGCAACCUCCUUUCCAAAUGCCUCCUUCUCGGAGCAUGCGUGGAAGAAGACAGCAGCCCCCCAGCUGUUUUCCACCCUGGAGGGCUCCGUGGACGAUGGUGGGGUUUGCCACUGCUCCGUGCUCCUGCCGGCCGAUGCCUUCCCAGCCCAGCGGGUCGAAAUGCUGGAAGCCCAGUCCCACUUACUCCUGAAGCGAUAUGACAGAGAGUUUUCCAAGGUGAAGGAGUACAUGGAGGUCAUUGAUGGACUUGGGCAGCAGUUGCUCAACCUGACGCAACGAGUGGAGCACAUGAGCAAGAGCCUGGUCUCCUACUCGGAGCUCGAUUUCGAACUUCUGAAACUGGAGAUCCAGGAGAUGGAGAGGCUGGUGGUGGAGCUGAAGGCAUCCAUGGGCGACAGCAACGUGGUUGUCCAACAACUCUAUGUGGAGAUCAAGAACAUGAGCCUGAUGGUGACUCAUCUGGAAAGCCUGGACAAGAACAACCUCCUGGCCAUCCGGAGGGAGAUUGUCACCUUGAAGCAGCGGCUGAAGGACUGCGAAGAGGCCGGAGCUGGACAGCAGGUGGAACCAGGUUCAUGUAAACAUGGAGGCCUUGUGAACAUCAGCAAGCCGUACCCAGUUGAGUGGAACUGGAGAGGGUCCGGUUAUCCCUACGGUGUUUGGGGCAAAGAUUACUUUCCAGGCAAUCCUGCAAAGGAAAUCUAUUGGGUGACUGCUCUGGACGACGCAAAGCUAAUGCAACACAUUUAUCUCUAUUCCUCCUAUGAUAACUUAUUAUUGUACAGGCCAUCUAAAACCCUUGCUUAUUGGUAUGGGCAAGGGAGUGGAGCCACCAUGUACAAGAAUGCCCUUUACUUUAACCAGUAUGACACCAAUCAUGUGUACAAAUACGAUGUGAACACCAACUCAGUGCUCAUGAAAAAGGGCAUCCCAGGAGCUGUGUACGCCAACCGCUUCUCCUACGCCGGCGUGUCUUGGCAAGACAUAGACUUAGCUGUGGACGAGACGAGCUUGUGGGCCAUUUACUCCACCGAGUCCAACACUGGGAACAUCGUGAUCAGCAAGCUCAACGAAACCACGCUGGAGGUGCAGAAGACCUGGACCACGCGGCAGUACAAGCCUUCUGCCUCGAGCGCCUUCAUCGCCUGCGGGGUCCUCUACGUCACCCGCUCCAUGAACACGAUCCAAGAGGAGGUCUUCUACACCUUUGACACCAACACCGGGAAGGAAGGCCGGACAAGCAUCACCUUCAGCAAGCCGUUUCGCACGAUCCAAGGGGUCAACUACCACCCUGCAGACCACAAGUUGUACGUCUACAACGAUGGCUUCUUGAUGAUGUACGACCUGGAGUUCCAGGCGCUGCCCUCUCCAUGA